UGACAUAAUAACAGAUAGUAUUUGAGUAACCGUACAAAGUGCAACACGCCACUAAACCCACGUAACAAGGUGAGAAUGCUUCCUGAGUUUUUCUGUAACCCCUGGUUUGUAUCAGAGACAACCCACUACUUCUUGCAUUCACAAAAACAGAUAAGGUUUUUAAAGAUAAAAUGUAGGCACCUACGCAAUUAAAUUCUCUACUGAGAAUGAUAUCUUGAAUAAUCUAAGAGUAGGUAGUAAGCGACCGUUUCGCGCUUAUAUUAUCCUUAAUCGGUAACCAUCUAAGGUAGACAUUUUGAUUUUAAUUUUAGCACGAUGGAAUUUAUGGGAAUAAAAUUCGCCCCUUUAAAAAUACCUUUGGAAAGGAGACUGCAGACGUUAGGAGCCGGUGGUUGGUUUAUAACAUUGGUGUCCGGUGUUGCGAUAAGUCUCUUGCUAACAGUGUACUUACUAGUUUACUCUAGCCUUUGGUUGAGCGUAGUUUUGUACUUAAUAUGGAUGUGGUUUAUCGAUCGAGAAACUUGUGAUAGAGGCGGAAGAAGAUUGAACUGGGUCAGGAACUUGUCGUGGUGGAAGUACAUGAAGGACUUCUUCCCUUUGACUGUGAAAACGGUACCUGGUGUUAAAUUAGACCCGAAAAGAAACUACCUGUUCUGCUCAUUUCCUCAUGGAAUGCUGGCAACCGGCGCCUUCUCCGCAUUUGCAACGAACGCCACCGAGUUUAACGACCAACACCCUCACCACACACCACAUCUCAUCACCCUAAAAUCUCAUUUCAUAAUGCCAUUUUUUCGCGAACUGAUUUACUCGUUGGGAAUGUGCAGCGCCAGUGCAAAAUCAAUCAAGUGGAUACUAAACAAUCCGGAUGGCGGUAAUAUUGCUGUGAUAAUUGUCGGAGGUACGGCAGAAGCCUAUCAUUCACGGCCUGGUCAGUAUCGCUUAGUGUUAAAGAAUAGGAACGGCUUCGUAAAAAUAGCUCUGAAGACAGGUAGCCCGCUUGUGCCUGUAUUUUCAUUUGGUGAAACCGAAUUGUUUGAUCAAGUUAGUAAUCCAGAAGGAUCCUUAUUAAGAAAGAUACAGGACUGGACGAAGAAGGUGGUUGGAUUGCCUGCAUUAAUUCCAAUCGGGCGAGGGUUUCUUCAAUAUUCUUUCGGUUUGGUUCCAAACAGAAAACCACUGACUGUUUUAAUUGGUGAGCCAAUCGAAGUUCAAAGGGUGGACGAUCCAACACCAGAGCAAGUAUGGGAUUUACAUAAAACCUUCGUAGAUAGCCUGACCAAUCUUUUUGAAGAACACAAGCAUAUGUAUUUAAAGGAUGCUGAGAACCUGCAGUUAAUUAUAAGUUGAUUAAUUAUAAUUACUCCUCACUCCAUUCGUCGUAGAAUAUGCAUCUAGUUAAAGUAAUGCAGUAAGUCUUUUGGGUUUUGAACACUGUCGAUGAGGUCUACAAUCGUAACCUAUAUACCAUCUUUUGUACUAUUAAAAAUAAACCUCCAAAAUCAUUAUCGUUUAAUUAAACGAACUCCAA